AUGCAUCGUUUCGGGAGCGUCUGCGUGGCGUCGCCGGAGUCGGCUGCGCUCGGCGGUCUGAACGCAGCCGGCGACCAGCGGCGGGUCGCUUUAGUCCCAGCGAGCGCGAAAAAGGCAGAAGACAUGCUCGGUGUACCUCAGCGGUCCUCCGGGGAGUUCCCGUUUACUCCAUCUCUUUGUGCUCUGGCGGAUGAGGACGACGAAGGCGAGCGCAACACCGUUCCCCUCGCGCCCCUCGGCGGCUUCUUCUCCGAAAACGACUCCCUCAAACCACAACCGAAGAAGAAGAAGCCCAAAAAGAUGAAAGAGGGGAAAAUGCCCAAAGUAAAGAAGAGGAAAAAGGAGGGGGAAAUCCAGCCGCGGGUCGACAGCGACCCGGAGGAGGCCUCCGAGGUGGAGGAGGAGGAGGAGGGGGAGCGGCAGCGUCCGGAGGUCGGCUCUGAGAGCGAGGGCAGCGCCUACGGCCCCACCAAGAAGAAGAAGAAGAAGCCCAAGGAGAAGAAGCCCAGGAAGAAGAAGAGAGACGAGGAAGAGGAGGAGGACGACGACGAUGACGGGAACAUGAAAGAACCCAAAUCAUCCGGCCACCUGAUGACCGAGUGGGGCCUGGAAGACGUUCAGUACGGCUUCACCGAGGAAGACUACAAGACCAUCACCAACUACAAGGCCUUCAGCCAGUUCCUCAGGCCUCUCAUCGCCAAGAAGAACCCCAAGAUCCCCAUGUCCAAGAUGAUGACGGUGUUGGGGGCCAAGUGGCGAGAGUUCAGCGCCAACAACCCGUUCAAGGGCGCGUCCGCCACCGCCGUGGCCGCCGCCGUGGCCGCCGCCGUGGAGACGGUUACCGUGACGCAGCCGCUGGCCGUCGUGAGCGGCGGCAGCGAGCCGCCGUGCUCUCAGCCGGGGCCGAUCAAAAAGGCCAAAACCAAAGAGGGAAAGGGACCGGGAGUCAGGAAGAGAAGCAAGACGGCGAAGGAGGGGAAGAAGAAAGCCAAGCCGAAGAAGACCAAAUCAAAGUCGGGCCAGAGUGUGAAGAAGAAGAAAGCUUCCUCGAGUGAGGAGGACUUCCUGGAGGAGUCAGACUUCGAUGACAUCAGCGUCCACAGCGCCUCUGUGCUCUCCGACACCUCGGGGGCCGCCACCAAGAAGAAGGCCCGACGUGGGCGUAAAAAAAGGAAAAAGGAAGACGGCGACGGCUACGAGACGGACCACCAGGACUACUGCGAGGUCUGCCAGCAGGGGGGCGAGAUCAUCCUGUGUGACACGUGUCCCCGAGCGUACCACCUGGUGUGCCUGGACCCGGAGCUGGAGAAAGCCCCCGAGGGCAAAUGGAGCUGUCCACACUGCGAGAAAGAGGGGAUCCAGUGGGAGGCUAAGGACGAGGAGGAGGAAGAGGAGGAGCCGGUAGGCGAGGAAGAGGACGACCACCUGGAGUUCUGCAGGGUGUGUAAAGAUGGAGGGGAGCUGCUGUGCUGCGACACCUGCCCGUCCUCCUACCACAUCCACUGCCUCAACCCGCCUCUGCCCGAGAUCCCCAACGGGGAGUGGCUGUGUCCGCGCUGCAUGUGUCCUCCCCUCAAAGGUAAGGUCCAAAAGAUUCUGCACUGGAUGUGGGGGGAACCCCCGCUGCCGGCGGAACCGCCCGACGGCGAGCCGGCCGACCCGCUGGCCGACCCGCCGGCCGACCCGCUGGCCGACCCUCCGCUCAAGGGCCGCCCGGAGAGGGAGUUCUUCGUGAAGUGGGCGGCCCUCUCGUACUGGCACUGCUCCUGGGUCAGCGAGCUGCAGCUGGAGCUGUACCACACGGUCAUGUACCGGAACUACCAGCGCAAGAACGAAAUGGACGAGCCGCCGCCGUUCGACUACGGCUCCGGAGAAGAGGAGCUCAACAACGAGAAGAGGAAGAGCAAAGACCCCCAGUACGCCGCGAUGGAGGGCCGCUUCUACCGCUACGGCAUCAAGCUGGAGUGGAUGGUCAUGCACCGGAUAAUCAACCACAGUUUUGAUAAGGACGGCGAUGUGCAUUACCUGAUCAAGUGGAGGGACCUGCCCUACGACCAGUGCACCUGGGAGGUGGACGACUUCGACGUCCCCGAUUACGACAGUCUCAAGGCCAUGUACUGGGACCACAGGGAGCAAAUAGUAGGGGAGGACCACCGCCCCCUGGUGGUGAGGAGAGGAAAUAAACUCAAAGAGGACUACCCAAAGAGGGAGGUCCCUCCUGAUGCUCCCAUCAUAGAUCCGACCAUCAAGUUUGAGCACCAGCCGUGGUACGUCAACGCCACGGGGGGAACCCUGCACCCGUACCAGCUGGAAGGCCUGAACUGGUUGAGGUUCUCCUGGGCUCAGGGCACAGACACCAUCCUGGCCGACGAGAUGGGCCUCGGCAAGACGGUGCAGACCAUCGUGUUUCUCUACUCGCUCUAUAAGGAGGGUCACUCGAAGGGGCCCUACUUGGUGAGCGCGCCCCUCUCCACCAUCAUCAAUUGGGAGAGGGAAUUCGAGUUGUGGGCUCCGGAUUUCCACGUGGUGACGUACACCGGAGACAAAGACAGCCGGGCCGUCAUCAGGGAGAACGAGUUCAGCUGCGAGGACAGCGCCGUGAAAUCGGGACGCAAGGUGUUCCGCAUGAAGAAAGACACGCCCAUCAAGUUCCACGUGCUGCUGACGUCCUACGAGCAGAUCACGAUCGACCAGGCCGUGCUGGGCUCCAUCACGUGGGCCUGCCUGGUGGUGGACGAGGCCCACCGGCUGAAGAACAACCAGUCCAAGUUCUUCAGAAUCCUCAACGGGUACAAGAUCUACUACAAGCUGCUGCUCACCGGGACUCCUCUCCAGAACAACCUGGAGGAGCUGUUCCACCUGCUUAACUUCCUCACCGCGGCACGCUUCAAUAACCUCGAAGGCUUUCUGGAGGAGUUCGCCGACAUCUCGAAGGAGGACCAGAUCAAGAAGCUCCACGACCUGCUCGGCUCUCACAUGCUGCGGAGGCUCAAAGUGGACGUCUUUAAGGACAUGCCUUCCAAGACAGAGCUGAUCGUCAGAGUGGAGCUCAGCCCCAUGCAGAAGAAAUAUUACAAAUUCAUUUUGACGCGGAAUUUCGAGGCGCUGAACUCCAAAGGCGGCGGGAACCAGGUGUCCCUGCUCAACAUCAUGAUGGACCUGAAGAAGUGCUGCAACCACCCUUACCUGUUCCCGGUGGCCGCUCUGGAAGCUCCCGUGUUACCCAACGGCUCGUAUGAUGGAAACCAGCUGGCGAAGUCCUCAGGAAAACUGACGCUGCUUCAAAAAAUGCUGAAGCAGCUCAAAGAUGAUGGACACAGAGUUCUCAUUUUCUCUCAGAUGACAAAGAUGUUGGAUCUGCUUGAAGAUUUCAUGGAGUUCGAGGGUUAUAAAUAUGAACGUAUUGAUGGAGGGAUUACCGGAGCCCUCAGGCAGGAGGCCAUUGACCGCUUCAAUGCACCGGGCGCUCAGCAGUUCUGCUUCUUGCUGUCGACGCGGGCCGGAGGUCUCGGCAUCAACCUGGCGAGCGCCGACACCGUCGUCAUCUACGACUCCGACUGGAAUCCUCACAACGACAUCCAAGCUUUUAGCAGAGCCCACCGUAUCGGCCAAAACAGGAAGGUGAUGAUCUACCGCUUCGUGACACGAGGCUCGGUGGAGGAGCGGAUCACCCAGGUGGCGAAGAGGAAGAUGAUGCUCACCCACCUGGUGGUGCGGCCCGGCCUCGGCUCCAAAACCGGCUCCAUGUCCAAACAAGAACUGGACGACAUCCUCAAGUUCGGCACCGAGGAGCUCUUCAAAGGCGAGAUGGAGGCAGCGGCGCGAGCCAUGGGUCAUCCAGGUGACAGCAAAGAGGGGGAGGAGGGAAACGUGAUUCACUACGACGACGACGCCAUCUCCAAGCUGCUGGACCGCAACCGGGACGCCAGCGAGGACACGGAGAUCCAGAACAUGAACGAGUACCUGAGCUCCUUUAAGGUGGCUCAGUUCGUGGUGAAGGAGGAGGAAGGAGAGGAGGAGGUGGAGCGGGAGAUCAUCAAGCAGGAGGAGAACGUGGACCCGGACUUCUGGGAGAAGCUCCUGCGGCACCACUACGAGCAGCAGCAGGAGGACCUGGCCCGCAACCUCGGCAAAGGCAAACGCGUCCGGAAGCAGGUCAACUACAACGACACGACCCAGGAGGACCAAGACAAUCAGUCGGAGUACUCUGUGGGGUCCGAGGACGAGGACGAAGAUUUCGAGGAGAGGCCUGAAGGUGGACGCAGACAGUCGCGUCGGCAGAUGAAGAAUGAGAAAGACAAACCUCUGCCUCCCUUACUGGCCCGGGUCGGGGGCAGCAUUGAGGUCCUGGGGUUCAACGCCCGCCAGAGGAAAGCCUUCCUCAAUGCCAUCAUGCGCUGGGGGAUGCCCCCUCAGGAUGCCUUCAACUCCCAUUGGCUGGUUCGAGACCUGAGAGGGAAGAGUGAGCGCGAGUUCAGGGCCUACGUGUCUCUGUUCAUGAGACAUCUAUGUGAGCCGGGGGCAGACGGAGCCGAGACCUUCGCCGACGGAGUCCCACGUGAGGGGCUGUCCCGACAGCAUGUUCUCACCAGGAUCGGCGUCAUGUCCCUCGUCAGGAAGAAGGUGCAAGAGUUUGAGCAUGUUAACGGCAAGCUGAGUUCCCCGGAUCUGAUUCCCAUCGGCAUGGAGCUGAAGAAGCUGACCGAGAGCUUGUCUUCUGACCCCAACACCCCGGUGCCCUCCAGCCCCGUCGUCACACAGCCGGGCACGCCCGUCACGCCAGAGAAGACCGAGUCUCUCUUCGGUACCACUGAAGACAAGGAGAGCGCAGAGCAAGACGGCAAGAAGCCGUCAGAGCAGGACUCGUCCGGCGCGGAGCAGCCGGCGUCCGACGGCGAGGAGAGCAAACCGUCAGCCGAGAGGGACCGAGCCGAGGCCGAGCCGUCGGCCAACUCCAAGGAGUCCGCUCUGAAACUGACGGAGCAAUCAUCCAGUCACACCUCCCCGAAAACGGACGCCUGCAAGGAAACAGAGAGUUCCUCAGAAAAAGGAGAUGCUGAGUCUCCUCUGGCGAAAAUGGACGACAAGGAGAAUAAGCCAGAUGAGUUGAAGAGCGAAGACGCGUCGGAGGGCCGAUUGAACGGAGACAAGGAUGCUUUGGACGAGCCGGACGACGGCAGGAAGGAGGACAAGAACGGCUACAAAACCAAGUUCAUGUUUAAUAUCGCCGACGGAGGCUUCACGGAGUUGCACACCCUCUGGCAAACCGAGGAGCGAGCGGCGCUGACGUCUGGAAAGAUGCACGACAUCUGGCACCGUCGCCACGACUACUGGCUCCUAGCCGCCAUCGUAACACACGGCUACGCUCGUUGGCAAGACAUCCAGAACGACCUGCGCUACGCCAUCCUGAACGAGCCCUUCAAGACCGAGAUACUAAAGGGAAACUACCUGGAGAUGAAGAACAAGUUCCUGGCUCGGCGCUUCAAGUUGUUGGAGCAGGCUCUGGUGAUUGAGGAGCAGCUGAGGCGGGCGGCCUACCUGAACAUGACGCAGGAUCCCAGCCAACCGGCCAUGGCUCUCAACACUCGCUUCUCCGAGGUGGAAUGUCUGGCCGAGUCCCACCAGCACCUGUCCAAAGAGUCGCUGGGCGGGAACAAACCCGCCAACGCCGUGCUGCACAAAGUGCUGAACCAGCUGGAGGAGCUCCUGAGUGACAUGAAGGCCGACGUGACCCGUCUCCCCAACAUGCUCGCCCGCAUCCCGCCCGUGUCGGGCCGCCUGCAGAUGUCGGAGCGGAGCAUCCUGAACCGGCUCACCAGCCGGGGCAGCGAGCCGCCGCCGCAGCAGCCUUUCGGCCAGGCGGCGUUCGGCUGCUCCCAGAUGUACAGCAGCGGCUUCGCCGGAGGAUUCAGAGGACCGGGGGGGCAGCCCAUCAUCAACUACAGCCAGAUGCCUCUGGGGCCCUACGUCAGCGUGUCCUCCAAUGGCCCUCCGCCCCCCACAAGCCAUCUGGACAAGAGGUCACAUGACUCCUUGAGAGACGUGGCUACGCCCGACCUCAAAUCAGGCAAACCUAGUGAUGUCAUCUGUAUUGAGGACUAGGCUCUGUAGAAACUCACCUGAGGUUAGACCCUCCCAGGGGAUGGGACCCGUGUGGACGACAGCCUCCUCUGCCACGCCCUCCUCUUUCCUCCCCGACUUCUGAUCCAACUUUUUUCUUUUUUUUAUUAACGCACACAUCUUUAAAACAAUUGCACUUUUGUCUUUCGAAGGAUCCCCGUAGAAGUAUUUUAGUAGAUGCUUCUGAUUUUUGUUAACCAGUGCUGGAGAGCGAAGGGGGGAGGGGCUUAUACCUGAAAGAGGAUUUCACUGUGACUGUGCCUCCACUGGAGCUAAGGGCGCCUUCAGUCAUAGUCUGAUGGGAUGAUUCCCCCCCCCGAGAGCCAAUAUUAUUACUUUAAAUACAUUUUUGUAAUUUUCUUUUCAUGUCAUUCAUGUAGUAACCAGUGGAUAACAAUCUUGAUUCGUUGAAAGCAUCAGAAACGUGUACCCUGUAUGCAGUAGCUGGACACAGCCUGUCUGAAUCCUCUAAAGACUGCCCCCUGCUGGUCAUUUGGAGGAAGUGAACUCCAGGAACACCUGCAGCUUCUUGUACUGUAUAUACUCAGAGACUGCUGUUUAUUUGACCUCACAUAGGUCGACUCAUAGUGAAAAGGCGUUAAACGCACACACACACACACACACACACACGGAGGGAAUCAGAAGCUCGGCGUCGCGCGGGAGGAUGGAGCGGAGACGAGAGAGAGCUGGCGGAAGUCUGAAAAAUGUUUAUUCAAAACGCAUUUCAGAGAAGUAUUUCUGUGUAUGGUACAAUAUUUGUGAUUCUUAUUAUAUCUGAAUGUUAGUAGUGGCUGUAGAGCUUAACCCUGGGGGGGGGGGGCGACUAUAAACAGGAGCUCACCUGGUCUCCGGGGCCGACGAGUCCUGAGUGGACAAAGUUUCCCUUCUCUUACUUCCACCACGGCGACUUUCCCAUCGCUCCCCUCCAUCGUUAGAACUGAAUAAGAAACAUAAUGUGCUAAUUAUGGAUCUCAUAAUGGCGCGAUGUCACUUUAAAGUCUAGUAUCUGUCGCAAAAUGAGCUUUUUUGCGGGGGGAGGGUUUGCUUCUCUUUACGUUAUGGUAAAACAAUGAAAUAAAAUGCAUUUGGUCACUCUGUGCCAUUAAGAAGAUUAGAGGAGGCGCGGUGCGUUUUGACUCUGAUCUGCGCUGCACGGCGUCGCCUCCUCCUCGCGUUACGCUCGGGCUCUUUGUGGGAGGGUGUGUGUUGCUGCUUUGAUCUGGUGUGAAGACCGUCGGCAUGAUGUAUAGCCACAAUAUCUUGUCCAUCCCAUCUACGACCAUCAUGGCCUGAAGUGGCGGCCCACCACGUGAACCGGUGUUUUAUAAAAAUGGAAGAUUACUUUAUUUCCUUUUUUUUAUUUUUUAUGAAGGCAUUGACUCAAAGUGCAAAUGUGUUGUUGACCAUAUUAUGUUUUUAUUUUUUCAAAGACGAGUGGCAUUACCCGUUUGUAUCGUUCUCGCCAAUGACAGCACUUAUUUGACUUUGUUGGGUCGACGAUUGUGAUCGGACGAAUCUGAACUGAAGAGGUCGUGUUGUACAGAGUCGGUUGGUGAGCGUGUUUUCUUACUCUGCUUUUGCAAACUUCUAAAUGGUUUCCCGAUGUGCCCCCCUUCCCCCUCUCACAUCAUUUCUCAGACGACGCGCUUUAACUUUAAAAAUGUCAUCAGACUGAUUUUUUUUUUAAGCUGCCAUUGAAAUAAACUUUGAAGUGUUUCUUUUCCCGCUCUUCUACUUUUCCCGCUCUUUUUUUCAUUUUCCCGCUCUUUUCUCAUUUUCCCGCUCUCUGUUUCGUAUUUAUGCCGUUUUAUGUUCAUCGUGUUUGUUUCACGCCGUCGAUUACUUGACCACGACAUGUAUUAAUUAGGUUGCUCGACAGAUAGAACCUCAGAAACAUGUAAAUACUUGAAAGAUUUGUUUCUUUCCGGAGAUAAAGUCCAUCUCGUACAGAUUUAUGUAUCAAACUGAAAGAGAAAAAAGAAAAAAAAGAAGAUGAAUGUCUGCUUGCAUUGGUGUCGCCGUAGAUCUGCAGAGAUGACACCGUACGAGCCCAUUAAUCAAAAUCACGUCCGCCCAUUUUUUUUUUUUUUUCACCCCCUCUGGAGCGACGGCCGUGAGACGACGUCGAAAAACACAGCGCUCCAAUGAAAUGCAAUCAAACUGAAGUCGGGUAUGAAUGUAUUGUCUGUAAGAAAAGAAAAAAAGGCUUCAGUCUAAUAUUAUAAAUAUGUUAACAAUGUAAUGUACAUGCUUAUUAACAUGGCUUCAAAAGCUACCAAAAGACCCUGAGAAAAAGGCACCUUUGUUGCAGCGGCUGCAUGUGAAGCGUUCUGGCGGUUCACUUCGGGCGAGGCGGUAGCGUAUCUAGCAUUUUACAGACAAUGAGCUCUCAAAACGCAGUUUCAUGGUUCUGAUAUUUGUGCUGUAUAGCAUUUGAAUGAAAUGACAAAGAAAAAAAAAAAAAAAAGUGAAUUGUCAUCUUUUUAUUUGUAUUCUGUGUAUUUGUUCAAUGUGUUUUAAUAAAUCUUCUGGACGACGA